AUGGUCCUGGAAAUCCAACAGGUGUGUCGAAUCUGUGGUGACUUGGAUGGCCUACUAGCGGUUGGAACGCUACUAGUUACUGGACUAGACGGUCUACACUAUGGCUACGAGGGAGUGGCCACUGGCCAGUCGAGGUGGAAAUGGGUGGAUCCCUGGUUCUUGGAAACCUGCGUUGGCAAUCUGGCAAGCACUCAUAUCCGUGCUCUCAGUCUGCUUCUACGGCACAGAUUCUUUGUGGCCACCUAUAAAAGAGCCAGCAUGCCUGAGCUUGAUGGGUUGGCCAAAGUCUCACAUUGCAUUACCCCUGCCGUCUAUAGAGUCAGGUUAUACUGUGUACCCAACGAUAUCGAAGGAGCCCGCUUUGUCAAGCUGUGGAGAAACAGACUCGCCCUGGACACUCGUUCGAAAAGAAUCUAUAGACUGAAUUGGCUGGUUUUGCGUGAGGUGGUGGACUUCACUGCCGAAUCAUGGUAUGGUCAACUGCAGCAUAGAUGGGCCAUUGUGCCAUUGACCGGCAGAAGCACCAAGCCUGUAAGUCAGCACGAGUCCUUUCACAUCCAAAGGUGGUUGGAAAGUCAAUUCUGCAGUACACCUUCUCUAGAGCUGCAACCUUUAUUGGAGACAGUGGUCAAGAGGGUGUACGAUGAAAUCACGCCGCCUGACCUCUCAAGCUAUAAAGAUGAUAAGUUUGUUCCUCCGAACGAAAUUCCUUCUUCCGAUGAAAUAAUAAAGGGUCUUGUCAAUUGCUACUACAGAAAUCAGUUUCCCAUCAGGGGAGUGGCAUCCACGUUGUACCCCUUCCAGCUCAAUUCAGUGUGCAAGAUGUACGAGAAGGAGCUGCUACGACAGAGGGAAGUUGUUCCCAAUUAUCGGAAAGUGGUUUCUCCCCGUGGAGAUACAUACUUCGUUGACAUCUUCGAUAUGGACUUCCACAAGUUACCUGACACCUUCCUUCUCCCUAGGGGUGGUAUAUUAGCAGAAAAUAUGGGUCUCGGAAAAACACUCAUUUGCCUUUCAUUGAUAUGUUUAACGAAGCACCAAUUCUCGACUAUCCCCGAAGAUGCAAUUCUUCAUGACGAUCAAGGCUUGGACGGCACCGUCAAUGAACGGCCUAUUGAUCUUUCUCAUGGGAUGAAGUCGCUUUGGGAGAUUUGCCGGGACUCAAUAUCUCAGAAUUCGCUUCCAUGGAAAUUCUUCAAGGAUGAUCUCCCGGAUUCAGUCGUGGAAAAGCUCACAUAUCGUCCUGGUUUCUUCAAGCUACCCCUUCAUAUCGCCCAGAACCAGCUUGGCCUCCGAGCACGGCAUGCCAUUGUUAUGGAAGAUCGAUUUCGUGUGUUAUAUCUCUGUAGCACAACCUUGGUCAUAGUGCCAGAGAAUCUCUUUCACCAGUGGCACAGCGAAAUGGUCAAGCAUCUUCUGCCAAACUUUCUCAAGUCUCUUUUUGUUUCUGAUCGCUUUCAGGAGCAUAUGAAGACAGAGAGCUCAUCAUACACAAAUAAUCUCCCCUCAUCGCCACAGGAGCUAAUUCAAUAUGAUCUUGUGGUGAUGACAAUCCCGCUGUUUCAGAAAUGGAGCCGACCAGAGGAAAGCAUAUUGAGAAAGAUCCACUGGAAGCGACUUAUCAUUGACGAAGGGCACACCAUGGGUCUGCGAACAACAAGUCUCAGCUCCGAUUGUAAGGCUUUACUGUGUGAAAGGGUUUGGGCAGUUACCGGAACACCCACGUCGGGACUUACGAAUCUCCACAUGAAUGAAGAGGAGCCCGUAACAGCGAGUCCAAGCAAAAAGAGAAAAUAUACUGUGAAAAGCAGUUUCAGUGUCAAAGACGAUUUAGCUCGUGUGGGCAAUCUUGUUUCGAGCUUCUUCAAGAUCGAGCCUUAUUACAGCCAACCUCGGCUUUGGGGCUCCAUUCUUGUUCGCAAUUUGACGGCUGCAAAGUUCAGCACUGAAAGCAGUUUAAGAAAUCUUUUAAACGUGCUUUUGGUCCGUCAUGGACUUUCGGAUGUGGAAAAGGAUUUGAAAUUGCCUCAGCUUCAUCACGAAGCUGUCUUCAUAGAUCCAUCUUAUCAAAAUAAGCUUGCCAUCAAUCUAUUCACUGCCGUUCUCGCCGUCAACGCCGUGUCUUCUGAACGUGAGGGUUCUGAUUAUAUGUUUGAAGCUUCCAAUCACCAACAGCUAAGAAAGCUAGUGAACAAUCUCCAGUUAGCGACCUUUUACUGGACUGGUUUCAAACAGCAAGAUGUGGAAACUUUAUGCAAAAUUGCCGACCACUGUCUCAAAAAGAAGACAGAAGCUGGUGACCAUUAUCACUCCACCUUUGAUAGGGAGCUUCUCGAGAAAUCUAUGGAGGCCUCAUUGGAAGCCUUGCACAAUCAAAGAUGGCGAACUGCCGCUGCUCUACACGAAAUGCUUUACUACGUUGAGGUGGAAAACCAGAGGUCUGGACUCAAAUCCAUUGUGUUCUUCGAGUAUGAGGACUCCGCAUACUACCUAUCUGAGUUUCUCGAUAUAAUCGGGGUAAAGUAUAUCUUAUAUGCUACAUUCAUUGGGGCCAGUCAACGCUCGAACAAUCUCACAGACUUUGAUCGCCAUGAUGCUAAUCUCGAUGGCGGUAUUGUAUUAAUCAUGGAUCUUCGCCUUGCAGCACAUGGUUUGACCGUGAUCUCGGCGACACGAGUGUAUUUUAUAUCCCCAGUGUGGCACAGGUCCAAGGAGGCCCAAGCAAUAAAGCGUGCUCACAGAAUUGGGCAAACUCAAGAGGUUUUUGUCGAAACUCUUGUUUUGCGUGGCACCCUAGAGGAGGAAAUCUAUAAGCGCAGGGCGCAAGUUGAUAGUGAAAGUUCGAGCCGUGAAAUGAUAGAUGACAAAGACAUGCAGAAAUUUAUCUUGAAACAUGACUUCUUGCUGACCAAGACUCAUGAGAUGGAGCACGCUCCAUUCUCUAUUCCUGCUCAUGAUGAGCACACUAGACUUCGUUUUGAUGAUGAACCAGAUGAAGUCUCUCUCAAAUCACACAUCAUGUCAAUUUCCAACCGCAACGGCAUUACUCAUCACAAUUGGACCAUGAGGCUCUUUACUCAAGAUAACCUAGAUAAGCUCAACAGUAUGAAGCAGCAGAAGCCCACUAAAGCACAAUCCGCAGCCGAAACGUGUUCGCCCAGAGCCUAA